ACCAUAAAAUAUCUAGAAAGCACCCCAACCAAAGACCUGUUCUCCCUUCCCCCCGGUUUCCCCUGAGAUGGGCGCACCUCUAACCCUCAGCCGCCUCCCCUCCGGCGCCGCCGCCCUCCUCCUCCUCCUCCAUCUCCCCGCCAUCACUCUCUCCCAGGUGGGGAACGCCACCACCAACUCCACUUACCUCACCUUCUCCUUCCCCUCCUUCGAUACAUCCGAGGAAUUCACCAACCUCACCAUCGUCGGCGACGCCGGCAUCAGCCAGGGCGCCCUCCAGCUCACCCCCGACACCCUCAACAGCGUCAAAUACCUCGUCAACAAGUCCGGACGCGUCCUCCUCAGGCAACCUCUCACCCUGUGGCAAGACCGCCCCGCUCAAUCCACCAAUUCCACCACCACCGGCGACGCCGCCGGCAGGCAUGUCGCCUCCUUCAACACGAACUUCUCCGUCAACGUCUAUCGCAUCGACAACGCCCACCCCGGCGAGGGCUUCGCCUUCAUCAUCGCCUCGGGGAGCGACAUGCCCGCCGGCAGCGAUGCCGGCUUCCUCGGCCUCACCAACGCCACCCUCAACGGCAACCCCAACAACCACCUCGUCGCCGUCGAGUUCGACACCGUCAAGCAGUCCUACGACCCCGACGACAACCACGUCGGCCUCGACAUCAACAACGUCGUCUCCAAUGCCACCGCCUCGCUGACACCGUUCGACAUCGAAAUCGCUCCAUUAAAGGCCACCAACUACACCAUCUGGAUCGAUUACGAUGGCAGCGACCGCCACAUCUGGGUCUACAUGGCGGUCCAGGGCCAGCCGAAGCCGAGCUUCACGGUCCUUAAUUCCUCGCUCGACCUCGGCUCCUACGUUCUUCAGAACUCAUACUUUGGCUUCUCGGCCUCCACCGGGAGCGACUACCAGCUCAACUGCAUUCUUUCUUGGAGUCUCACCGUCGAGGAUCUCUCCGAAGGAAAUAGUGGUGGCGGUGGCAUGGCCGGCUGGAAGCUCGGCGUGGCGAUCGGUGUUCCGGUGGCCGCCGUGGUAGUGGUAGCAGGCCUUUUGGUGUUCUUUUAUGUGAGGCGGCGGCCGGUGAGGGACGACCCCAGUUUGUUGAUGGACAAGUUGAAGAGUUUGCCGGGGCAACCAAAGGAGUUUAUGUUUGAUGAGCUAAAGAAGGCUACUAAUAACUUUGAUGAGAAAUUGAAGCUUGGGCAGGGGGGAUUUGGGAUGGUGUACAAGGCAGUGCUGCCUGGGGACAAUCCGGGAGAGAAGAUUGAAGUGGCCGUGAAGAAGUUUUCGAGGGACAACAGCAAGGGUGGUCAGGAUGACUUCAUUCACGAGCUCAGCAUCAUCAAUCGCCUCCGCCACAAGCAUCUCGUCCGUUUAGUCGGGUGGUGUCAUAAGAAUGGUGUUCUGCUCUUAGUGUAUGAUUACAUGCCCAACGGCAGCCUAGACCACCACCUGUUCCGCGACGCCGACACGCCUCUGCUCAGCUGGGAGCGGCGCUACAACAUCAUCGCCGGCGUGGCGUCGGCCCUCCACUACCUCCACAACGAGUACGACCAGAAGGUGGUGCAUCGCGACCUGAAGGCCUCCAACGUCAUGCUGGACGCCUCCUUCCACGCCCGCCUCGGCGACUUCGGCCUCGCCCGCGCCAUCGACGUCGACAAGACCUCCUACACCGAGCGCGAGCUCGCCGGGGUCCCCGGCACCAUGGGCUACAUCGCCCCGGAGUGCUUCCACACCGGCCGCGCCACCCGAGAGUCCGAUGUCUUCGCCUUCGGCGCCGUCGUCCUCGAGACCGUCUGCGGCCGCCGGCCCCGCUGCGACAUCGCCGGAUUCCAGUUCCUUGCCGAUUGGGUCUGGAAGCUAUACCGUGAGCGCCGCCUCCUUGACGCCGUGGACCCCCGCCUCGCCUACGCCGGCGAUUACGUGGCCGAAGACGUCGAGCGGCUCCUCCUGCUCGGGUUGGCGUGCAGCCUCCCCACCCCGUCGGAGCGGCCGACGACGGCCGAGAUAGUCCAGAUCAUAUCCCGGUCGGCGGAGCCGCCGGAGGUGCCUCCGUUCAAGCCGUCGUUCGUGUGGCCGGCGGCGGUGCCCAUGGGCGAGGUGGUGGAGGAGGACGGGGACUCGAGUAGGUUGACCAGCACCGUGGUGACGUCGUCCUACUACGCCUCAUCGUCGGGGUGGACCCCGCGGUAUAUUGGUACGGAGGGACACGUGGAAGCCGGUGAUGCGCCCAGCUCUAUGGUUUGAAAAAAAGGACCGGCCGGGAGGAGGAGAAGAUUAAAGAAGUGCACAAAUGGAGGAAGGAACAACAACCUUUUAUUUUAUCUUAUUUUAUUGUGGGCAAAGGGCUUGGUGUGGUUGGAAACAAUUUUUUUUUUUUUGGUAAGAAGGUUGGAAACAACCUUUUGGAUCCAUGUGUGCCAGGCUGUGAGUUGUCAACUUUCUUUUUCUUUAGUCUCUUUGUCCGUUUUUUACCCUCCUCUUUGUUUGUUUGUGUUCGUAGGCUUCAAAUUUGGAAUAUUUCCAACCAUCUUGAUGAGAGAAUCCCAAGUUUUCUAGUUAAAUGUAUAAUUAUAAAUAUGUUCUAUAUAAUAUUUUAAUUUCUUU